AUGGCAAACCAAACCUCGGGGGUCAUUUCAGCGGGGUUCCCACAAAUUGAUGGAUCGAUAUUCACGAAUUCGCUCAUCAAUCCACAUGGAAUCAAAACCAACCCAGUCAAUGCCAUCGUUAUGCCAAUUUUCAACGCUUUGGGCAUUGUCGUCCUGUACCUUCCAAUGCGAGACUUUUAUCGAAAAGGCAACUUUGCAGCUUGUAGCAUGAUUGCUGCCACUGUAAUGUUGAACCUCUACCAAUUCCUCAAUGCAGUUAUAUGGCAGAACGAUGACCAGUCAACAUGGUUUUCAGGCGUGGGACUUUGCGAUAUUCAGGUUUACAGCAGAUACAUGUUUACUACCGCUCUGUUGACGACCAUAGCAUGCUUCAUCAAGAACCUUGCGGAUGUCUUCAACACCGAUAAUCAUGUGGUUGCUAUUACUUCUGCAAUGAAACGCAAGAAGCUUAUCGUUGAUAUUCUUUUUUGCUGGUUUCUUCCUGUCGUGCAAGUCAUUGUACACUACAUGAUUACUCUCGGCCGAUUUGCAGUCUUUCCUGUAUAUGGAUGUUAUCAUGAGAUGGAUAAUUCAUGGCCAUAUAUUGUGGUAUACUUGAUAUGGGGCCCAAUCUUCACUUUGGUUGCAGCUUUCUAUGGUAGUAAGUUUUCACCCUUCCAAAAUUCGAAAACAGAAAGACAAAUACUGACAUUACAGUCCUACUACUCCGAGGACUCUACCGCUACCGAUCAACCAUCAGCAUCACCCUCGCUAGCAGUGGUUCUGGAAUGAAUUCCAGAUACUUCGUAAAGGUCACUAUGAUCGCCAUCGUCCUCCUAUUAAUGUGGAUCCCUUGUCAAUUUUACUACCUCAAACUCCAAAUACCUCCAUUCAUACACGCCUACUCUUGGUCUGCAAUCCACGAUCCCGAGGCCUGGAAUCCUAUCGCAUACUACCCCACAGCAUUAAACACUCAAUUCCAAUACAAUGGCUGGUCAGAUGUCGCGGUAUCAUUCGUGUUCUUCUGUUUCUUUGGCUUUAACAACGACGCCAUCGAUACAUACCGAAAAUGGAUGGUCAAACUCGGGUUUGCUAAAUGCUUCCCUUCGCUUACAGAACCCCGUCAUCCACCAACUCGUCACGGAAGCUCGGUUUCCGGGAGUUCUCUGGGAGGAAGAUUGGAUAUCGUAGGAAAGGCAAUGAGAUUCUUUGAUGGCUCUAGAAAGGGCAGUCAAGCCACUGAUACAGCGACAUUAAGUUCUCCAUGUCAAUCUAGGAAAGGCUCACAUGGGACUUUUCGUCAUGCUUCUACCUGUACGGAACAUGAUCUUAACACGCAUCUACCACGAAUUCCCGAAGUUGGCUCGCCGCAUUUGUAUCCUUCGCCACAUGCUACUAAGAUUGUUCGACGACCACUUUUCGCUACACUUCGGACCCAUAUCAAUCUUCCUUUUCCACUCUUCCCCUUCAAAGGUUCGAACCGUCAGUCUUCUCCUUCACCUGUUGGACAUGGAAAUACCGAGACACUUGCUUGCGAGAGAUGUGGAUAUCGAGCAGCAGCAGGAAACCUGGAUCUAGAAGCCCAACGUCAUCAUCCGUCUACUCCAUCGAAUCAUGUUGUUUCACCGCCACAUAAUGUGGUUCUGAGAACGGAGAUUUGGAGUGAUACAGGCAAGUUCUUUGAUCAUGUUUCUCAGGCACAGGAAAAUAUCGAUCGAGAAAAAAGAGGAUUGAAGAUGGGAACUCGGGCUUAUCGAGAACGAGAGGAGCGGGAGUAUGCGGAGGAGGUUGGAGAGAGUUCUGGGAAUGGAGGAGGAGUCGUAGUUGAAAAGAUGAUGGAGAGAAGAGAGAGUGAAGCUAGAAAGUAGCGAGGGAGCUACCUACAGACUGUGCUUUUUUUCUUUUGUUAUUUGGUAGGAAAAAACGCUGAUGAAGGGGGUAUAUGCACGAUGAAGUCCCUUUCUUUCUUCUUUUUGAGCGUUGUACACACGAUAUUUCGCUUUCUGUGGAUACUAGUAUUUUUUAAUUUGAGAACCAAAAAUACCUUCAUUUCAC